AUGAUGAGAGAAAACGUCUGGGCAGUAGACGCCGGCGAUGCCGCCAACAUCUUGACAGCGCCCACGCUACGGAUACGCUACGGUUACGCUACCGUUACCGCCUCUGUCCACGGCGACGCCCGGACCGGGUCAGGGCACAGCAGCGAGCCUAGCGAUUUGGGCCCUUCGACGGCUUCCAGUUGCGUCAAGCGUUCUGAUGGCACCCGUCAAGGGAUGCCGCUGCCGGUGUUCUAUCUCAGACACCAGCUCACCUUCAGCGCCAGGUCUAGGGCUUCAAGUGGGAAGACGGUAAGCGUGGCCCGCAACGGCAACGAGGAUCAGCGUCGCCGCGGCGCAAAUAACUGA